CGGAAGUGCUGCCGGUCGGGGCACAGAGCUGAGAGCGGGAGAGACGCUGGGCUGCUGCAGGGGACGGGGAGCGCCGGGUAACCAUAGCAACAGCGCGGCUCCGCCCCUGACACCGGGGCCCCCGGCGGCCGCGGAGCCUGGGAGAGGAGCCGAGGGCCCUCUGGCUGCGGAGCGGGCACCAUGAAUAGGAAGAAGGGAGACAAGGGCUUCGAGAGCCCCCGACCAUACAAACUGACUCACCAGGUCGUCUGCAUCAACAAUAUCAACUUCCAGCGGAAAUCUGUAAUAGGUUUCGUGGAGCUGACGAUUUUCCCCACGGUCACCAAUCUGAACAGGAUCAAGCUGAACAGCAAACAGUGCAGGAUCUAUCGAGUGAAGGUGAAUGAUCUAGAGGCAGCGUUUAUCUACAAUGACCCCACGCUGGAAGUGUGUCACCACGAGACCAAACAGCGCAACCUCAACUACUUCUCCAAUGCAUAUGUAGCAGCUGUCAGUGCAGUCGACCCAGACGCAGGAAACGGAGAACUCUGCAUUAAAGUCCCAUCAGAACUGUGGAAACAUGUCGACGAGUUGAAGGUGUUGAAAGUCUAUAUUGAGUUUUCCCUGGAUCAGCCAAAAGGUGGCCUUCAUUUUGUAGUCCCCAAUGUUGAAGGAAGUAUGGCAGAGAGAGGGGCUCAUGUGUUUUCCUAUGGAUAUCAGAAUUCAACCAGGUUUUGGUUUCCUUGUGUGGAUUCCUAUUCAGAGCUUUGCACCUGGAAGUUGGAGUUUACAGUAGAUGCCUCAAUGGUGGCCGUAUCCAAUGGAGAUCUAGUGGAAACUGUUUACACUCACGACAUGAGGAAGAAAACCUUUCAUUACACUCUGCUGAUCCCGACAGCAUCUCCGAACAUUUCUCUUGCUGUGGGACCAUUUGAGAUUCUUGUGGACCCUUAUAUGCAUGAGGUGACCCACUUCUGUUUACCUCAACUGCUCCCACUCCUGAAGCACACAACUUCUUACCUCCAUGAGGUCUUUGAGUUUUACGAGGAGAUUCUUACGUGCCGAUACCCUUAUUCCUGCUUCAAGACUGUGUUUGUAGAUGAAGCCUAUACAGAGGUCAACACUUAUGCAUCAAUGAGUAUUUUCAGCACAAAUUUACUGCAUAGCGCAAUGAUUAUCGACCAGACACCUCUUUCCAGAAGAUGUCUAGCUGAAUCUCUAGCCCAGCAGUUCUUUGGUUGCUUCAUUUCGAGAAUGUCAUGGUCUGAUGAGUGGGUCCUGAAAGGCAUCUCGGGUUAUAUUUAUGGGCUCUGGAUGAAGAAAACGUUUGGCGUGAAUCAGUAUCGGCACUGGAUAAAGGAUGAACUGGAUAAGAUUGUGGCCUAUGAAUUGAAAACUGGCGGUGUGUUACUUCACCCUAUUUUUACUGCUGGAAAAGAGAAGGACAAUCCCGCAACCCACCUUCAUUUCUCAAUAAAACACCCUCAUACAUUGUCCUGGGAAUAUUACAACAUGUUCCAGUGUAAAGCUCAUCUGGUCAUGAGGCUGAUCGAGAAUCGCAUUAGUAUGGAGUUCAUGCUUCAGGUUUUCAACAAGCUUUUAAGCCUGGCCAGCACUGCCUCAUCUCAGAAGUUCCAGUCCCAUAUGUGGAGUCAGAUGUUGGUUUCCACAUCUGGGUUUUUGAAAUCCAUCUCCAACGUGUCUGGAAAAGACAUCCAGCCGCUCAUAAAGCAAUGGGUAGACCAGAGUGGCGUUGUAAAGUUUUACGGCAGCUUCGCUUUUAACAGAAAAAGAAAUGUUUUAGAAUUGGAAAUAAAACAGGAGUGCACAGUUCUGGGGACACAGAAAUACGUGGGUCCUCUCAAAGUGACUGUGCAAGAGCUUGAUGGGUCUUUUAACCACACGCUACAAAUUGAAGAAAACAGCUUGAAGCACGACAUCCCCUGUCAUUCCAAGAGCAGAAGAAAUAAAAAGAAGAAAAUUCCACUGAUGAAUGGGGAAGAGGUAGACAUGGACCUUUCUGCUAUGGAUGCCGACUCCCCAUUGCUCUGGAUACGGAUUGAUCCGGACAUGUCAUUGCUGAGGAAGGUGGAGUUUGAACAGGCUGAUUUCAUGUGGCAGUACCAGCUCCGCUAUGAGAGAGAUGUGGUAGCCCAGGAAGAGUCCAUUCUAGCCCUGGAAAACUUCCCCACCCCCUCCUCUCGGCUUGCUCUGACAGACAUCCUGGAGCAAGAGCAAUGUUUCUACCGUGUCAGGAUGAUGGCGUGUUACUGUCUGGCCAAGUUUUCUGAUAACUACUACAGGGCUGAACUCAUCGAUGCACUAUCCAAUUCAGUCACCCCUGCAGUCAGUGUGAACAAUGAAUCUCGCACCCUGGACAAUCUGAAUGCCGAUGUGCGCCUUAUUCUGGAGGAGAUCACGCGCUUCCUCAAUAUGGAGAAACUCCUUCCCAGCUACAGGCAUACCAUAACAGUCAGCUGUUUGAGAGCCAUCCGUAUACUCCAGAAGAACGGUCAUGUCCCGAGCGAUCCUUCUCUCUUCAGAUCAUACGCAGAUUACGGACACUUUGUAGAUGUCCGGGUGGCAGCCUUAGAAGCUGUUGUUGACUACACAAAGGUGGACAGAAGCUCUGAAGAUUUACAGUGGUUGUUAAGAAUGGCCCAGACCGACCCUAUGCCAUAUAUAAGGCACAAGAUUCUUUACAUGCUGUCUAAGAACCCGCCAUUUACUAAGAACGUGGAGUCUCCGUUAUGUAAUGAAUCUCUUGUCGACCAGCUCUGGAAACUCAUGAACUCAGGUACAUCUCAUGAUUGGCGUCUGCGAUGUGGAGCCGUGGACCUGUAUCACAUACUGUUUGGCCUUACCAGACCUUCAUGCUUGCCAUUGCCAGAGCUCGGAUUAGUCCUUAAUCUGAAGGAAAAGAAAGCUGUUCUGAACCCAACCAUCAUUCCAGAGCCGGUCACCGCUAGCCUGGACCCUUUGCCAAAUGCCAACAUGCACGGGCAAGUUGUUGGAUUUCCGAUCAGCGAUGAUGCCUCCAAAGAGUCUGUAUCCCUUGCGGUGUCGUAUUUGCUAGGAGUGAAAAGGAAAGCGGAGAUGCCUCUGGAGUCGAUACUGGAGCCUGGGCAGUUCACAAACCCACAAGAGGAAGAAGAAAUUGAUAUGGACACAGUACAUGACAGCCAGGCAUUUAUAUAUCAUCAUUUAAACAUGCUGGAAAGACCUUCAACACCAGGCAAGGAACAAUCUUCCAUGGAUUUGCAUUUGAUGUCGAUCCCACAAACUCCAUUAUCAUCUUUUAUCAAAGAGUCCAGCUCAUCCAAGCACAGUGACCACCACCACCAUCAUCACCAUGACCACAAGAAAAAGAAGAAGAAGCACAAGCACAAACAUAAACACAAGCACAAGCAUGAAAGCAAAGACAAAGAGCGGGAGGCGCUGCCCUUCUCCAACAGUCCUGCCAGCGGCCGCUCCAUCCGCUCCCCUUCGCUCUCCGAGUGAUCUUGCUGCCACUUCUAUGAUAGAUGGCCAACUUUUAUGCUGCACCGAAAGACUAUGGUCUACAUAUGUAGAUGAUGUUGCAGGCAUUGGUUUCUAGUAGGUCUCUGGACAGAGUAGCCUUUAAUUUCCAGGAGCUUAACCUUCAGUCCCAGCGGUUCUCUUGUAGGAGAGAGUCACUCUCUGCAGUAAUUGAUGGUAAAAGGGCUACAUAGGCUUUCUAGUAUUUUUCGAGAACGUCUGCAAAAAAAGAAAAGACUCUUGGCUUUGUCGUCCUGCGUUUUGGGCCGUCAUAAUAACCUUUUUAACACCACAAUGUCUAUUAAACUUUUUUUUUAAAGAAAACUGUCAAAGCUUUUGUUACCGCUGACUUUAAGCCUGGUGAAAGAAGGUUGAUCGUCUGUGUGGUUCUGAGGCCCAGACAGCUUAUUUAUGUAUGUAGGGUGUUAUUUCUAGGAAGAAAAAUACAGAUUUACCAGAAAAUCUAAAUCUUUAACCAGGUUCUCUCAAGCAGGAACAUUCGAGAGGGUGGUCCGAAUCAAUGGAGUGCCAGGUGCUUUGUAACCAGCGGUGAGUUGUGGUGUGAGAGUCACCACCAAUAUGUCUGAUAUUUAGGGUGCAUUCACAUGUACAGGGUUUGCUGCAGAUUUCAGUGUAAACUAAUUGAUUGGCCCUUAGCCUUUCAGUGAGGGUUUCUAACUCUUACAGUUUUUUUGGGGGGGGUUAAAACUUUGAAGACACCAUUGACCUCUGGAGAGCAGAUGUCCUUCAUACAGUAAAGGUCAUUGUAGAUAGUCUCAUUUGCUAUUGUUUAGUAGUGAUGUAUGGCAGGAUGCAAAAAAAACUAAGAAAUCCGUGAUGUCCAUACUCGGAUAUCAGCUUUCUGUAGAAGUCAACAAUGUCGCCAAAGUUCCCCAGCUGAAUGGGUGUCAUUUUUUGUACCACUAAAAAGAUGGCCUGAACCCUUAAUCCUUACAGCAGUGUUUUCCGACCAGCUGUUGCAAAACUACAACUCUCAACAUGCCCGGACAGCCAAAGGCUAGAAGCAGCAGCCCUCAGCCAAGGAGCUGCCGUAUAUAAAGCGUGCUAGAGUCCUGGACCCACUCAAUACACCCUUUAACGGCACAAUGACAGAUGCAUCCAUCAUGUGGUGUUAAGGAGUAAAGAUUACUCUCGCUGAAUUAAUUAGGUUUUAUCCUAUAUUUAACAUUUAUUACGUUUUGGAAGAUGCAGAAUUGUUUAAUGCUGUUACUUUUUUUUUUAAUUAAUUUUUUUACCAUUUUUUUUGCACUAACUUCAGGUCACCUGCUUCAAUUAAUGUGUCCAGCUCCUUGACACUGUCACAGCCAUGCCUACUUUUCUUGUAUGUUUAAUGUUUGGUUCUCACCCCAAAAAAGUACAGAAGAGGAAAAAGGGCAUAUAAAUGUAAUUAAUUUGAUGGACAGUGCAAAAAGUUGCAGACAGUGAUAAAUUUGGGCCUUUUUAUUAUCAUUAUUAUUUUUGACAAAAUUUUUACAUAAUUUCUAUUUUGUGCAUGUCUUUUGUCUGCCCUAGCUAGAUUCCAAACUAGAUUGGAAUACAUAGGUAUUUGAAGCAGUUUACAAUGAUAGUAAUUGGCAGAUGUAAAAUAGACAGUAGUUAUUAUUGUGGACAAAGCACAAAUAAUUGGCAUCCGUUAAUGUUUAGUUUCUUUAGCUCUGUUUUGAUACAUCUUUCUGCGCAAUUCCCUAACAUCACAUGUUUUAUUUCUUGUUUUAAUCACAAAAAUUGAGUUUAAUAAUAUCCUGCAAAACGUCUGGAGCGGAAUUAUAAGCUCUUAUAAGCAGAUCUGGGAGUAACCGUGUUCUUUCGGUAAACAUGAAGGUGGGAACAGGAGGAUAUGCUGUUGAGAAAUGGUAUGAUGCAAAGAAGAGAGAAGUACAGAGGAAUCUCGUAUCCAGCACCAUGGGAUAAGUGGACAAAAGCAAACAACGCCAACAUAACAAGAGAGUGGCUCAAUUAGAAGCACAUACUUUGGUUGAAUCCAGCGCCAUCACUCACCGGAUGUGUCCAAGUCUUGCGCAUGUGCCAUGUUUUCAUAUGUUGGUGCUGGAAGCAGAGCCCUGUCUGUCAAGCUGAGGAAGGGAGGGGAAUGGAAGUGGGGAGGCGUACAAUCUGGAGGGCUUUAAUUCUGGGGAAAAAUUUUUUUACAUUUACCAGCGGCAUCAUUUUAGUAGAUCAGGAGGUAUCUGUUCUUGAGAAAAGCAUGGUGUGUGGAUCAUUUUAAGCCAUUUAGCACUUCACUAGGAAUUCUGGUAAGAAGGAUAUGCAAAGCGGCUCAUUAAAAUGGCACCUGGUCAGGUGACCUAUUAAUGAGCUGCUUUGCAUAUUCUUCUUACCAUUUUAGUAGCACAGAUAGACAAAAGGUAAUCUGGGAGACAUUUAUCAUACUUUUUGAACAUUUUUAAAAAAAAUGUUUGAUUGUUUUUGUGCAAUUUUGUUGACUUUUGCGUUAGGUACGUCAUUUUUGUAUUUUUGCGCUUGGGAGUUUUGUCUAGUUUGUGCACGUAGAUUAGUUGCAUUUAUCUGCUGCGUUAAAAAAACUAUUUUUGCAUAAUAAAUUGCGCAAGUACACUCCAAACCCUAGGUGGUGUAGAUUGUGGGAAGUUAAUUAAUGCCUGUCUUUUUUCCCCAUUGAGCUGCAAUUCCUUACAGAAAUCACAGCAUGAACGGCCAUGUCUGUACUAGAGUGAUGUCACAGACUGGAUCAUUGAGAGAAAUAGAGUGUGAGUCAACAGGGACACAAGAUAGCGAAAAUGAAUAAUAUACAAUGUGGCGGCAAAAAAAGGCUAUACCUUAAUAAAACAUAUAAUUGCAUAUAGUAGAUGAUACAAAUGUGGCCACACACUAAAUAUGACUAAAAUAAGAAUAUAAUAAAAUAACCUGGAUCACAA